UAUGUAGUUAAAAACGACGGAGGGUAGUACGUAACACGUAUAGUAAAUAGUUGUAGUCGUUGACUAUAAUCUAGAGAGAUUUAAAUUGUAUUUAAAUUUAUAAGUGUCUACCUCCCAUAUAACCAUGUUAAUAUUUAUGCUCGCCUGAUACCUGGAGGUCGCUUAAUGCUCAUACACACUAGCCUACACUGAGGCCUAUAAGGAUGACAGCUUCUGGUUAUCACUCAUCAGGAAAUCUGCAGGGACUAAAGUUUCAAGAGGGUCUAAACAAUGGCCACCAGCAAAAACGGUAAAUUCAAAACGCAAUCAAUCAUCUGAACUUCGUUCAACCAAGUUAAUGUCAAAAGUGAAACCCAUCAUUCCUCCAAACUUUAUAGAAAAUUUAUUUAAGCAGACACGAUUUACGAAGAAGGAAAUCGUUGGAUUGUGUAAACUAUUUAAAAAACUCGUCGCUAUUUAUGGCGCCGAAUCAACGUCUUCGGUAGCGGCAAUGAGCUCGGUUGUUUUAAUAACGAUACCAACGCAGGGUUUCGACCGGUUGAUGUUUAGAGAAUUCCUGCAAAACGAAUUGGGCAUUACAACCGAGGAGAUUUUGACGGAUCGCAUAUUUUGUUUUUUUGAUCAACGAAAUGACGGCGUCAUACACGAAGACGAAUGGAUAACUGGGUUGUCGGUGUUGCUAAGAGGCACUCAGGACGAACGGAUCAAAUACACCUUUACCAUAUACGACCUAAACAACGACGGAUUUAUAACUAAAGAAGAGAUUUUCAGUUUGUUAAGAAACUGUUUGGUCAAACAUCCGCAAGACGAGGAUCCAGACGAAGGCGUACGAGAACUUGUCGACAUCGUACUGCGCAAAAUGGAUUGUGACAACGAUGCAAAACUUUCUUUUGAAGAUUUUUCAACAUCUGUCAACAAACAAUCGUUAUUGCUUGAAGCUUUUGGACAAUGUUUACCAUCUAGAGAAAUUUCUGAGAGCUUUUUAAACUCUAUUAGCAGUGUGCAGUAAACAUUUGAUAUGGUUUCAACAGCUAACUAACAAGAUUAAUGUAAUUAUUUAGAAAUUUUGUUUGGUCACACCCUAUUAUUAUCAGGAAUUUUUAAUAUUUAUGGUCAAAACAAUCCUAUAAUAGCUAUUACUUAUUCCUUAUUAGUUAUUGGUUUAUUACUUACUAUUAAAAUAGACCAAGAUACAUACAAUUAUGAAAAUAUGUACAAGUAUGAAGUUUACAAUUAAAAUGCUUUGAAUAAGUAGUGUAAUAAACAGUUUUUUUACUAGUGAUUAAAACAUGUCUUGUACAUUUUUAGGCUAAGUUGCUAAGGAAAUGAAAUAAAUUUUCCUAGUGAAAGUGUUACCAAAAAACUAAAAGAUGAUAUUCCUAUUAUCUCUAAACUUACAAUGUAUUUAUUCAUUUGAUCUAAUAUGUUAAAUAAUUAUAUAUUUAUUUAAAGAUAAUACACUCCAUUCAUUUUUAAAUGUAUUUUAAGUUUUUCCGUACUUACAAUUUAAACAUGCAUAACAAAAAAAUAUAUACAUAUAAAUUAUAAAAGAUACUAACUAUGAUAAAAUACGUUAUUUGUUAUUAUUAAAUAAUGUAUAUACCUAUGUUAAACAAAUCUAAAGAAGUUAACAUUUUUUUUUUUCUAUAUUCUAUUAUUAAAAUCACUUAAAUCAAUAUCUUUUAUCGCAAGAUGUAAAAUCGAUUAAUUUUACUACUACUAUUGAAUACUAUAAGUUAAUAAAUUAAAAUGACUCAACUUAAAUAAAUAGUAUAUAAAUUAUAUUAUUUAGUAUUUACUAUUAUUGUUAAUUUCGGUAAUCCUGGCAGAUUUAUGUAUUACAAUUCUUCAUAAUUAUGAAACGGUACAAUAAUAAUAAAAACUAUUCUCUUUGAUUUAUCAAAGAUAAUUUUCUUUAAUCUAUAAUAUGAAUAAAUGAUUACAUACAACAGUUGUUUAUUGUUGAUUAGGAAAAUAUUUCGGCCCAUGGAAAUGUCUAAUCUCUUAGUGCAAUUAAAUGUAUAUUGUUAUUAAAAUGUUGUAUUUAUAAUUUAUAUAUUUAGAUAUGAAAUAAAUUACCUACCAGAAGGAUUUUUUAAAUUACAAGUA